AUGGCCGCUUCUACCGAAUCUUCUAUCUCCGCCGUCCUGGCGCGCCAUCCCGGCAAGCUAGUGCUUUACGUCGCUGAUCCGAGCUACCAGGGCCACGGACAACUCCAAACAGUCAUUGAAUCGCUGCGCGAGGACUUCCCUAACAUCGCCUUCGACUCGAUCGAACACAGCGCCGUGGGCAGCGACAUCGCCAUCGAUGGAGCACCCUGCUUCGUCUUCUUCGAGGGUGGAAAGGAGAUCAACAGGCUGCAAGGGUGCUCAACUUCAAUGUUGGUCACUGCCGUCAGGGGGUGGAACAAGGCGCCCGGCGAGACGGUGUUGGAACGCAUCAAGCGACUGAUCGCCACGCACCCCGUUCUGCUUUUCAUGAAGGGGGAGAAGAAGGAGCCGUUCUGCCGCUUCAGCCGCGCGGUGGUCAACAUGCUCAACGAGUCCAAGAUCGAUUUUGAGAGCUACAACAUUUUCGAGGACCCAGAGCUGCGCGAGGAACUCAAGGCGUACUCCAACUGGCCAACCUAUCCCCAGCUAUACGUAAACGGUACACUGAUUGGCGGCCACGACAUUAUUAAAGAGCUGUUUGAGAGCAAUGCACUGAGGGAUGAGAUCCCUAAACAGUACCUCCUCUAA